CGGGGCACCGCACACCCGGAGCUGCGAACGCCCGCGCCGGGCACCCCGAGCUCGGCGCAGCCGGCCGCUCUGGGUGGAGACAGGCCAAAAAUCCCUCCAUCAGCCCAGGAAAGAGAGACUCUCUUGAUUCUGGCCGGAAGACAGAGCGAGGCAAGAGAGUGGAUCGAGCGCCAGCAAGCCAAGAACAAGUUCUACUAUUACCACCAGAAGUUUCGCCGUGUGCCUGACCUGAGCGAGUGUCUGGAGGGCGACUACCUCUGCUUCUUCGAGGCCGAAGCACAGUGGAGGAGGGACAGGAUGGUUGAUCAGGAAAUCGUGGAGAUAGUCCGGGAGAGGCUAGGCGCCUGCAAGCAGAGGGAGGGACCAAACCAGUUCCAGAACUGCGCCAAGGAGAUGGAGCAGCUGGUGCAGGUCACCAAGGCCUACCAGGACAGAUAUGGUGAUCUUGGUGUCCAUGGAAAUGCGAGGUCGUGCCUGAUGAAGCAGAAGCACAGGAUGAUGGAGGAGAGGAAGGCACAAGCAAAUGCAUCUCAGUAGAUCUAAAGGUUAGCGCCUCCCUCCGUGGUGCUUGUAUCGAAUGCUGCAUGUUGCACCUUUGAACUCUGAUGCUGUUGACCUCUGCAAUAAACGUGCAGCCCAGACAUCUGCCAUACAACUA